AUGGAUAAUAUUUUUAUAAAUAUUAUAUAUAUGUAUAUUUAUUUUUAUUUUAUUUUAUUUUAUUUCAUUUUUAUUUUAUUUUGUUGUGACCUUAUAAUUUUAAUGUUUGUGAGAAUUAAAAAACUGAUUCUUUCCUUUUCAAUAUAUUUAAUAAUUUGCUCAUGUGUAAUGAAUAAUAAAUGGUUCCUUUUUUGUAGGAGAAUUAUAUUACAGCCUAAUUUUAAUUUAUGUUUUUUAUCUUAUAAUACUUAUCGUAUUCCUGAUAUAUAUAAUAAUUAUUAUAAUGUUAUUAAAAAAGAAAAAAAGAAGAAAAGAAAGAAUUUUUCUUUUUUCUCUAAAGGAUGUUACAAUAAUUGCAGCAAAGCACAAAAGUUGUAUGGGGAAAACGAAGAAACGACUUAUGGAUACACAAAAUAUGAUAAAAAGGAUGAGACAUAUAUAAAUAUAUUAGAACGUAAAGCUGAUGAAAUAAAGAAUUCUAAGAAUUGUUUUAAUAAUAAAAUAAAAACGAAUAAAAAUGAAUAUGCUCAUAAAUUACAACCACUUGAUUAUACUACAUUACAUUUAUUAUCAAUAGAAUUGAAUACCCUGUUGUCAGAUUCAAUUGUUGAACAUAUUACACAAGCAGAUGAUAAAACUAUAGUAUUGCAUCUAACAAAAAGAGAUAAAGAAUAUUAUCUGUAUAUAUGCUACGAUAAUGCAAACCCAGUCAUUUCUUUAGGGUUAAAAAUAAAAAAAUUAUUUAAUAGAUUUAUUGAAGAUGACUAUGCUGAAAAAUUAAAUCCCGUUAUUAAAUAUUCUAUUAUAUCGAAUGUAUAUAUGAAAAAACGUUUUGUUAAAAUAUUAUGUAUUGAUUUAAUAUUAAAAAGGAAAAGUCAAGAAGAUUUAGAUAUAGAAGAUAUAUUAAAUAAUCAGUAUAGCACUAGGAAAGUGACUUUAUUAUUUGACCUACAUAAUAAUUCUUGUAUAUCAUUUCUUAUUAAUAAAAGUACUAAUGAAAUUUUAAUUUCGCCACACAAUUAUGUAACAGAAAAAACAAUUGAUAAAUCAUAUAAAGAAGGACAUAAAUAUAUAUUCCCACAAAAUAAUGAAUGUAAAUUAAUACCAGAUCAUUAUGAAUUCUUUUCCACAUUUUUAAAUCUAUUUAAAUCUAGAAAAGAACAAAACUUUAUUUCAUCCUUAAUGGACAUAUAUGAAGGGGUAAGUUAUAAUUUGUUAUUAAAAUUUUAUGAUUAUUUAAAUAUACCUACUCAUAUCAAAUUUGAAGAAAUGGACAAGGGUACCUUGUUGGAUUUCUUUAAUAAAGCUUAUAUUAAAUGGUUGCGAUUUUUAAACUUAAAAGAAAAGACGGAUGAACUUAUAUUUUACCCACACUAUGAUUAUAAAUUAAAUAUACCUUCUGUUCUUAAUUUUGUAAAAUCAAAAAAAAAAAAAAAUUACACUAUUAUUAGUAAUAUCCCACAAGGGCAGUUUAAUUCUGUGAAAGAGGGUCACCAAGACGAUAAAAAUGAAGAUGAUGAUGAUAAUGAUAGUAAUAUUAUUAAGAGGGAUAAUAAUAUUAUUAAGAGGGAUAAUAAUAAUAUUAUUCAUAUUAAUAGGAGUGAUAAUAAUAUUAAUAAGAGUGAUAAUAAUAAUAAUAAUAUUAUUCAUAUUAAUAGGAGUGAUUAUUAUAACAGUUCAGAUUAUACCAAUAUACAUGACCAAGAAGAAGAAUAUAAUAAGAGCAAUCAUAAUAUUACAAAAAAUAAUAUUGAUACCAAUCAAAUAAUAAAGGAUACACUUAAAGAAAAUGAUAAAAAAAAUAUAAAAUUAUCAGAUAGUGAUAAUAAACAUAUUCAUUUCGAAACAACAAUAGAAUUAGUAUACUAUUAUUAUUGUAAAUAUUUUUCUGUAAAUGAAUUUUAUACUACCUUAAAAUAUUGUAAAGAUUUUUUAAAGAAAAAGUUACCACAAUAUGAAGAUAUGCUUUUACAAUAUAAAAACGACAGAGAAAUAUGUGAAAAGGCUUAUUUAUUACACGAAAAUAUUAAUAACUUAACUGUGUUUAAUCAUACAAUCUCAAAAAUGAAUGACUGGUUAGAUAAAAAAACUUAUGAUGCUUUAAAAAUAAUUGAAAAUGAAUUAAGAUAUAAUUCAUUAGAAGAUAAUCGAAAAAAAUUUGUGAAAAAACAAGAAGAAGAUAAAAAAAAAGAAGAAACCUUAAUGAAAAAAAUUAUAAAUACUAAACCAAAUACAAUAAGAACACCUCAAAAUAUCUAUAAAGGUUCCUUAUUAAUUAAAAUUAACGAAACAGAUUUAUCCUCUCCUUUUCUAAUCAUAGGAAAAAAUAGUAAACAAAAUGAAAAAAUCUCAACACAAAUUCUAAUGUUUAAUGAUUUAUGGUUUCAUGUUCAUGAAUAUCCAGGAGGGCAUGUUAUACUAAGAAAUAAAAAAAUUAAAGAUAAAAUAAUUACAGCAGAUACAAACUUAUCUGAUAUAACUAUUGAUGAAGAUAUUAAAUAUGCUGCAAAUAUGGCUGCAUAUUUCUCUAAAGCCAGAAAAAUGGAAAAAACGCUCGUCUGCUUUACUUUAGGAAAAUACGUAUUAAAAGACAACACCUUGAAUGAAGGGGCAGUGGAGGUAUUAAAAUAUAAAUUAAUAUACGGAAGGCCUAAUAAAGUUGCAAGUAUUAUAAAAGAUCUUAAUGAAAGAAAUAAAGAAAUAGAAAUAUGCAAAAAAAAAAAAAAAAAAAAAAAAAAGUAA